CUAGUCCCAGGCAGGGACAGAGGGGCUGCCAUCGCCAAGGAAGCUGACAACGACCCGGAUUCCCACCGGAUCCAGUGGACAUCAAGGACAGCGGAAGCCGGGACACCUGCGCUCACAGGCCCUGCCUACUGCAAGGGAUGGGUCUUCCAUCCAGGUUUAGAAAGGAGGGGUGGAGUCCUGCAUCUGACUUCCAGCUCUAUCCAUGGUGGUGCCCUCGGAGGCCGGGAAAGACCGGACUUAGUGGGAGACCAGCGGGCUGCUUCAGCUAGGCGAAUCUCUACAGACCCUGUCUGUCUCCCGACUUCGCCAGAUUGUGUGUGGACGUGGGGGGUCCAGAAAAGGGGACCCCCUUCUUCUUGGACAUUGGAACUAUGAUCCUCUGGGGGUAACUCAGGAGAGAAACAAUGCAAGCCUUUGACCCUCCAAAUGAGGGUCCCCUCCAAGGCCUGGUUGCUUCCCUAAUUGAGACUUAUGGGGGCCGUCACCCGACCUCUGCCCAGAACACUGCUGGGAAUAUAUAUCCCAGAGGAAGCCCUGCAUUGGACUCUGGUCGCCGACGCCUACAGAACUAUGUCCCUUUUGCCAAGGGCUCUGGCCAGACCCGAGGCCUGUCUCCUCUGAUACUUCGGGAACCAGAGCCAGAGAAGAGGCAUGGAAACCAUUUUGGAGUUGGCCCACCUUACUCUCCCAAACUCAAGGAAGUCACCAAAGCCCAUGAACUAGAAGUGAGACUGCAUACAUUCAGCAUGUUCGGGAUGCCCCGCCUGCCACCGGAGGACCGGAGACACUGGGAGAUAGGAGAGAGAGGUGACAGUGUCCUGACCAUGGAAAAGUCCUGGAAGGAGCUGGUGCCGGGACACAAGGAGAUGAGCCGAGAGCUUUGCCACCAGCAGGAAGCACUGUGGGAGCUCCUGACCACUGAGCUGAUCUACGUGAGAAAGCUCAAGAUCAUGACUGACCUCCUGGCAGCUGGUCUGCUGAAUUUGCAGCGGGUGGGACUGCUGACUGAGGUGUCAGCUGAGACCCUGUUUGGAAAUGUCCCCAACCUGAUUAGAGCCCACCGGAGAUUUUGGGAGGAAGUGAUGCAGCCCAUUCUGGAAGACACUCGUGCCUCAGGCCAACCUUUGGACCCUGUCAGCUUACAAAAUGGCUUCCUGACAUUUGGUCAGCGGUUCCAGCCUUAUGUCCAGUACUGCCUUCGAGUAAAGCAGACCAUGGCUUACGCCCGGGAGCAGCAAGACACGAACCCUCUGUUCCACACCUUCGUGCAGUGGUGCGAGAAACACAAGCGCUCGGGAAGACAGACGCUGGGUGACUUGCUCAUCAAGCCUCACCAGCGCAUCACCAAAUACCCACUGCUGCUGCAGGCUGUGCUCAAGAGAAGCCCGGAGCCCCGAGCCCAAGAGGCCCUGAAUGCCAUGAUCAUAGCCGUGGAGUCCUUCCUGCGACACAUAAAUGGGCAGGUCCGUCAGGGUGAAGAGCAGGAGAGUUUAAUGGCCGUGGCCCAGCGCAUAGGACCCUAUGAGGUGCUAGAGCCCUCCAGCGAGGAGGUGGAGAAGAGCCUGCGUCCGUUCUCCACCCUGGAUCUGAUGACUCCUAUACUAGGGGUUGCCCCUGAGUAUACCAGGCAGCUGCUGCUGGAAGGGCCUGUGCGGGUGAAGGAAGGAAGAGAAGGGAAGAUGGAUGUGUACCUGUUCCUCUUCUCUGACGUGCUUCUGGUAACCAAACCUCAACGAAAGGCGGACAGAGCCAAGGUCAUCCGUCCUCCCCUCAUGCUGGAGAAACUCGUGUGCCGGCCACUACGAGACCCCAACAGCUUCCUGCUGAUCCACCUCACUGAAUUCCAGUGUGUCUCCAGUGCUCUCACUGUGCACUGUCCCAGUUCAACGGAGCGUGCACAGUGGUUGGAGAAGACCCAGCGGGCUCAGACCACUCUGCAGAAGCUGAAGGCUGAGGAGUAUGUUCAACAGAAGAGAGAGCUGCUGGCCCUCUAUCGAGACCAGGGCAGGGAGUCCCCGAGCACCCGGCCCUCCACGCCUUCCCCUUCCCCGGAGUACUCUCAGAGCAGUACGGAGGGGAGGACUCUGGAGUUCACAGUAAUCCCCCGCCUGGUGGUGACUGAAGACACAGAUGAAGACACGCCCUCCGUGCCCGACGAUACCUCAGACUCUGGCUAUGGCACCUUGAUUCCAAGCUCCCCGAUGAACGCUCAUUCUCCCCUGAACAGGCUUCGGUCCAAGGCUCUUCGUAGGGAUCCUCGCCUCACCUUCUCCACCCUGGAACUCAGAGACGUUCCCUUGCGCCCCCAGCCUCCUGACCCCCAAGCUCCCCAGCGACGAAGUGCCCCGGAGUUGCCAGAAGGGAUCCUAAGAGGGGGCAGUCUACCCAGGAGAGCCCCACCAACCUGGUCCGAGGAGGAAGAUGAGACCCUGACACCAGGGAAUGUGGUGGUAGAAACCCUACACCGGGCACAACGUCGGAGUCCGCUCCCUCACUCUCCCACCCAUACAGACUCUGCAGGGGAAAGCCCCUGGGAAUCCUCAGAUGAAGAUGAGAGUCUUCUAUCCCCUGGACUCCGCCCCCGCCCGCUGCGGGCUGAGGACAUGCUCAGGGAGAUCAGGGAAGAGCUGGCUAGCCAAAGGAUCGAGGGAGCCUCGGAACCAGAACCGGAAAAUGGCAAGCCCCGGAGGCUAACACGAGCCCAACUGCAGAGAAUGAGGGGCCCCCACGUCAUACAGCUGGACACGCCCCUGUCUACAUCAGAAGUAUGAGGAAAGCCAAAGCCCUUUGAUCCAUCUCCUAGAGGAAUGGUCUCCCCAAGAGUGCUGGUCACCCCCUCCCCCUGGACUCUACCUCAAGAAUCCACCUCAAACCAUGCCUGAGCCCAGGCAGCACCUCCUGCUCUGAGGACUCUGGAGGUCAAGAACUGAACAUUUUGUCUCACAAACCCCCAAGCCCCACAUAAAAGUGCCCAGAAACAUG